AUGUCCGCCGCUCAAGCGCUCCGCCAGAAGCAAGCCCCAAUCAAAGACGGCUACCGUAGCGACCCCUCCUCUGCCGUUGUCACCCUAAAAUCUACUGGUUCUCUCGACGAUCACUCAAUAACAUGCAAGCUAUCCGACGGUCCUGCUGUGAAGGAAGCACAUAGAGUAGCCGGCCUGCAUCAAAAGGCUGGUGGCGACGACCCAGCCAUCUCUGGGGAACUCUGUUCUGGAGACAUGUUACUCGAUGCCCUCGUAGCCUGCUCGGGCGUUACUCUAAAGGCCGUGGCCACCGCGCUCGGCAUUCCAAUCGCAUCCGGUACCGUCACUGCAGAAGGGGACCUAGACUUCAAGGGCACACUGGGCGUGGACAGAACGGCACCCGUUGGCAUGACCGGCAUUCGGCUAGAGUUUGCGGUCAAGUUCGGUGAGAGGGAAGACGGUAGAGAGGUCAGCGAGGAAGAGGUGGAAAAGUUGGGCAAGCUGACGGAGAGAUAUUGUGUUGUGCUGCAAACGCUGGUGCACAAGCCUACUAUCGCAGUCAGGCUGGCCGGAAGCGGUGGUGGGAAAGAAGGUGAAGGGGUCAGCAGGGAAGUGUCGCAUAAGAGCGAAUUCUAA